ACGUCACCGUGAAUCGCACGCUGAAAGAACGAUAACGCGCCGUAUGUUCGCGCGAGCGGCAAUUCGGUCAAGGGUAUUGCAUAGGCAUAGGCCUGGUGUAACGGACUUACGUAACGCGAAGCGGUUCCGACGGUUGCGUUUCGUGCAAACCCUAUCGUGGCGCGCCAACGAAAUCGCGGCGAAGAAUGCGGAAAAAUUGGAGACCGAUUGAAACACACGGUUUCAUGGAGCGAGUCGUGCGCGCGUGUGUGCGUGAGCAUGCAAUAGAGAGAUAGAGACAGUUCGCCGGUGCACGGGUGCUCUUUGCGCGCUUCCAAAUCUUUCAUUGUGGACUUUCAAACCUGUACCGCCGAGCCGGCUAGACAAAAACUGGAAUUUUAUGGCGCGGGGAUCUGGCGAGCCUCGGCGAGAGUAAUUGCGACACAGGCAGCCUGUUGCGCGGGGAACGGCGAAGUAAUGGGACGACGUGUGCACGCCACUUUCCCCGUGAUGUUUGGCACUCGACUGUGGAUCUUUAUGGAAAUUCAAGUUUCUAAGAAUGCGAUUGGGAAAAUAGCAUUACGAUAGAGAAUGGUAAUAAAUAUUGCAAGAAGCACACUUUGUUCUCUAUGUUUCAACGUCGAGCCUUAUCUUCCCACUAUCAGUAAACAUAGAUUCCCAAUGAUCCCGGAAAUCCUUCGUAUCGUACGCAGUUCUCGCGCAGUUGCGACAGAAAUCGUAAACCAAAGAAUUGUAUAACGAACGGAGACCGUCGAUCGCUCCGAACUUCCGUGAAGAGUACCCGCGAGCUACGAAGCAGAUCCCGAUCUCGUGGAAAAGCUAUCUCGAGUUCCACGCAUCUCCUUCGUUAACCGUAAUUACCGAAGAAAGUAAAAAAAGACCGUGCGGAAGAGGAGGAACGGAGGAGAGACAGCGGAGAGGGUAAGAUAGACGAGGGGACAGAGAGGCGCGUAAGACGAGAACCACGGCGGUUGCAACGUGACCGUGUAACCACGUGAUCGAGUAGGCCAAUUGGAAGGUACGCGGUGCCGUGGUCACGUUGCACUCGGCGUGGCUCGCGUUCCCCUCGCUCUUACUAGCUGCGCCUCUCCUUCCCCACAUGCUCGCUUUCAUGUUGCGCGUUCGCAUAUUGCGAGCAACCGUUCCCCCAAGUCGCGCCGCGUUUCCCGUGUCGACGAAAAUCGGAAAAGCGACCCGUCAGUUCUCCAAAUCCAUCGCCAGCGAUCGCGACGAUCCGCGGAAGAGCCGUCGAUUCGAAUACUGCUGGAGCGUGUGCGUGAAAGGGAGCGCGGGUCGCCCACGACCCGAGACGAUGGUACCGCCGACGUGAUCGUUUUGCGCGGCGAAGAAGACCGAGCCCAGCGCAGUGUCUGUCUCGCGGUGCACGCUGCGAUUACCCGCGUGCGGAGUGUGCCUGCGUGUGUGCGCGCCUCCUGGAUUACGUCUAUGAAGCAUCGCUGAGGACAGAGCGGAGGUCGCUCCGAAGCUUGACCUAUCCAACCUAUCCAUUUGAUAGCCCUAGCUACCGUGUGCUAAUGAAUAGAGCUGCCGCACGGUGCACGUGAGUGUCUCUUCUAUCCAGUGCGUACUCGACUCCUCUUCCCCGUGUGCGUGAUUACUUUCGCGAUAAGCGGCCCUGUCCGCAUCGACAGCCAAAGAACUGCGUCCAGUUUGGCCGGCUAUCGGAUGGAAUGUCCUUGUUCCCGCGCGACCAGCGAGUCCUGAAGACCGUGCCGCGGGAUCGUCCUCGUUGAUGGGACUCGCACGCUGGUUUCAUGCCGCAGCCCUAGGUGCCCCACGCGUCUUCCGGCUAGAUGACCGUCGCUUCGACGAUUCCUGCCAGUCCGUCGAUCGUUUGAACGAUCGAGUGCCACGGUUAGCAGAGGAACAGCUCGUAGCGAGGUGAGGACGACGGAACCGUGCGGCGCGUAGAACCUCGGCCACGGGAAAGGUGCCACAAUCGAUUCGUCAGAAUGACGGUGCUCUGAGGGUGCACGUUCGGGCCCAAGGUCGCGGACUCCGGCCACGAAGAGAAGACGCUGCAUAUCGGAUCUCUCCUGGGAGGCAGCCGGAGGAAAGAACGCGGUCGCUUGACAGGACACUGGAUAGGACCAUUCUUAACGAGAAAAGGGAAGGGAACUCGAACAAGCGGGGGGAGCGAAGUCAACGGUCAGAUGCGUUCUUCGGAUUGAACGACCGAGCGUGAUCGUGUCGCUGGAGGAGACGAAGGACAGGUAGAUAGAAGGAGAAAAGACCGGUGUUCGACAAGACGUGAAAGACGCUUUCCGGGUCGCGAAGAAGCAGCAAAAGUGACGGAGGCACGGGUGGCGGACGAGGAGGAGGAGGAGGACGAGGGUGAGGAGAAGGCGGAGGAUAAGAUGACGGGCAGCCGGAACAGGGAUAUAAAUCCGGAAGUGGGGAUCCGCGCGGAGGGACAGAAACACACGGUCCACUGGUUCCGCAGGGGUCUAAGACUGCACGAUAAUCCUUCAUUGAGGGAGGGUCUGGCAGGCGCGUCCACCUUCCGAUGUGUCUUCGUGUUGGAUCCAUGGUUCGCUGGCAGUACGAACGUCGGCAUCAAUAAAUGGAGGUUCUUGCUACAAUGUCUGGAGGACCUCGACUGCUCCCUCAGGAAACUGAACUCGAGGCUGUUCGUGAUACGCGGACAACCGGCGGACGCUCUGCCGAAACUGUUCAAGGAAUGGGGCACGACGAACCUGACUUUCGAGGAGGACCCGGAGCCCUUCGGCCGCGUGCGGGACCACAACAUCUCCGCGUUGUGCAACGAACUCGGUAUCUCGGUGGUCCAAAAGGUCUCGCACACGCUCUACAAGCUGGACGAGAUCAUCGAGAAGAACGGGGGCAAGCCGCCGUUGACGUAUCAUCAAUUUCAAAACGUCGUCGCUGGCAUGGACCCACCGGAACCGCCGGUGCAGACCGUCACAUCCGUUUGCGUCGGAUCAGCUUACACACCUCUGAAGGAGGACCACGACGAUCAUUACGGUGUACCGACCCUUGAGGAGCUCGGUUUCGACACGGAAGGACUUCGACCGCCCGUCUGGGUCGGGGGUGAGAGCGAGGCGUUGGCGCGACUGGGCCGUCACCUUGAGAGGAAGGCUUGGGUGGCCAGUUUUGGCAGGCCGAAAAUGACUCCGCAAUCCUUGCUGCCCAGUCAGACGGGUCUGUCGCCUUACUUGAGAUUCGGUUGCCUGAGCACGAGGCUGUUCUAUUAUCAGCUCACUGAUCUAUAUAAAAAGAUAAAGAAAGCGGUGCCUCCGCUCUCGUUGCACGGCCAGCUUCUCUGGCGCGAAUUCUUUUACUGCGCCGCCACCAAGAAUCCGAACUUCGACCGGAUGCAGGGGAACCCGAUCUGCGUGCAGAUUCCCUGGGACAAGAACGUCGAGGCUCUCGCCAAGUGGGCAAACGGACAGACUGGAUUCCCGUGGAUCGACGCGAUCAUGACGCAGCUGAGAGAGGAGGGCUGGAUCCACCAUUUGGCCAGGCACGCUGUCGCCUGCUUCCUUACCAGAGGAGACCUUUGGAUUUCCUGGGAAGAAGGGAUGAAGGUCUUCGAUGAGCUCCUACUGGACGCGGACUGGUCGGUCAACGCAGGAAUGUGGAUGUGGCUGUCGUGCAGCUCCUUCUUCCAACAAUUCUUCCAUUGUUACUGUCCCGUGAGAUUCGGCAGGAAAGCUGAUCCAAAUGGCGACUACAUCAGACGCUACUUACCGGUGCUAAAGAACAUUCCUACGAGAUACAUCCACGAGCCAUGGAACGCCCCGCUCAGCGUGCAACGUGCCGCCAAGUGCAUCAUCGGGCAAGACUACUCGUUGCCCAUGGUGAACCACAGUAAGAGCUCGAGGAUCAAUAUCGAAAGGAUGAAACAGGUUUAUCAACAGUUGAACAAGUAUCGGGGUAACGGUUGCUUGGAAAAUUUCAGUUUCUUCUUUGCGGUUACAGGAACCUCCCUCAAAGGCGAGACCGUUGGUUUGCUGAACACGUUGCCGCCACCUUCGGUCAAGGAGAAGGAAGAGGAAAAGAAGAAACAACCGUCGCCGUCUCCGGAGAGUCAGCCGACCAAGGCGACGCAGAAGCAGCAGCAACAGCAACAACAGCACCAGCACGCGCUCCAAUAACAAUCGGGGCUGCGUUGAACUGUCUCGGCGGUUAAGAAGUUCAUUUUCAAUUUACAGAGACACAUUUAUCCGCGUUUCGCCAUCCGAGAUCGGUUCCUUCGACGCGUACCAGUGGAAUUGACUUGUUCACCUGUUAAAAGAGGACGAUCGAGGAACUUGGAAAAGCAUUACACGCGUCGUACAUCCCGAGGAACGCGACGGACACGCGUUAUGCAUUUCGAAGCGACUGGUCGCGAGUGUUUCGGGGCUGAUGAAUGGGACAAUGACGGAUCGUUCGGCAAAUAUAAUCAAGCGCGAGCCGACCCGUCCAUAUCCGGCCGACAGGUUAAGAGGAUUUUGCGCGAUUGUUUUCGAACACGCGCGGAAUCCACGCAGUGACUCAUUUACCGCGUCGCUUUAACAGCUAUCCGCGGAUCUUUAUGCGUAUUCAAGUCUUUAAGAAUAUAAUUAACGAAGUAGAAUCACGAUACUCCGGACACUUCGUGUACUUUUCGCCUCCUGUGCAAUGUUGCGCCUUCAAAUGAACGCGUAAAGGUCCGCGCGGUCGAAUUGUCGACGAUCGGGAGAACGACCCAGCCUCCCGGAACCGCGGAGAGAAAAGGAAUUGCAACGUCUAUUUUCAGAGAGCAGAGUUAGCGAUGACGCGCGCUCUAUAUUCUUAUCGCUGUACAUAAAAACACGCGCGUCACGAAUAAAUUUUUCAUUCAA